GGGGAAUCGGCCGCCGCUCGGGCGCCCCCCCCGCCUCACAGGACGCCCAUGGCCAGCGGUAGCCCCGCCAGGAUGGCCGGCGGCGCCGGGCAGCCGCCCUUCUUGCAGCCGGCGUGCUUCUUCGCCGCCGCGGUGGCCGCCGCCGCCCCGCCGGUGCCGCCGCCGCAGCUGAGCCCGGCGGGAGGGCAGCCGUCGCCGGGCGGCAAGAGCUCAGCGCCGCGGGCCGCCAAGCGGCAGCGCUCGGCGUCGCCGGAGCUGAUGCGCUGCAAGCGGCGGCUGAACUUCAGCGGGUUCGGGUACAGCCUCCCGCAGCAGCAGCCCGCGGCCGUGGCGCGGCGCAACGAGCGGGAGCGCAACCGGGUGAAGCUGGUGAACCUGGGCUUCGCCACCCUGCGGGAGCACGUCCCCAACGGCGCCGCCAACAAGAAGAUGAGCAAAGUGGAGACGCUUCGCUCCGCCGUCGAGUACAUCCGAGCCCUGCAGCAGCUCCUCGACGAGCACGACGCCGUCAGCGCCGCCUUCCAGGCUGGCGUCCUCUCGCCCACCAUCUCGCCCAGCUACUCCCACGACAUGAACUCCAUGGCGGGCUCCCCCGUGUCCUCCUACUCCUCCGACGAAGGUUCUUACGACCCGCUCAGCCCCGAGGAGCAGGAGCUGCUCGACUUCACCAGCUGGUUCUGAGCGACGGACAGUUGCAAAAGGGAAAAAACAGAAAAGAAAAGAAAAAAAGGCAAAAAGCGUAUCACACAGAGAAAGACAAAAAUCCACCCAGGAAAAAAAAAAAGGAAAAAAGGACCUGUUGCCUUUCCC